ACAUUAACAAGGAAGGUUCUUGCUGAGACUCACGGAUAGAACAGCCCAAAGGAGAACUGGGAGAACUCAUUUCAGGAUGAAGCUGCAAGAGCAAAGAAGUACAUUUAGCACAAACAAAUGUUGUCCGUUGACCAACAGAUGCAGGAAGAUUCUUCUCCCAACAGCUGCAGCUCCUGUGACGGGAAUCUGGCUCCUUCGAGCGCAGCUUCCUCUCCUGCUGCUGUUCGCUGGCCUGCAGAGACCCACGGUGAGUUCCCAGGUUGCGAUUAAAAUCAACUUUGACUUGGCACCAGAUUCCUUUGAUGAUCAAUACCAAGGCUGUAGCCAACAGGUCAUGGAGGAGCUAAAUGAAGGGGAUUAUUUCACAAAAGAAGUAGAAGCUCCGAAGAAUUAUCACUCGGCCUGGCACAAUGCCCAUUUGACCUGGCUGAGCCGAGCUACAACUCUCCCUAAGAACAUGACGAUCACACAUGCUGUGGCCAUCAUGGUUUACACAUUGAACAACAAUGUUCGUUCUGAAUUCUCUAGAGCCAUGGCCAGCACUGCCAGGUCUGCAUGGCAGUAUAAACAUUCAUUCCAUUUCAAAUUCCUACAUUACUACCUGACCUCAGCAAUCCAGCUGCUAAGGAAAGGGACCCUCGGGGAGAAUGACUCUCUGUGCUACAACGUGCAUCAUGAGGCUGAUUUCUCCUCGGAAGCCUAUAUAGGUGCCACCCUUCGAUUUGGCCAGUUCCUCUCCACCUCCCUCUUAAGGAAAGAGUCGCAGAAGUUUGAGAACCAAACUCUAUUUACCAUACUUACCUGCCUGGGUGCACCUGUACAACGCUUCUCUCUCAAGGAAGAGGUCCUGGUCCCUCCCUAUGAGUUGUUUGAAGUUGUCAAUAUGAGCUACUACCCAAGAGGAAAUUGGUUGCAAUUGCGGUCAACUGGAAAUCUGAGCACAUAUAACUGUCAGCUGCUAAAAGCUUCCAGCAAAAAGUGCAUCCCUGCUCCUGUAGUUAUUGCUGCUCUCUUUUGGAUUAUUGUCACCAUCUCUUCCAAAAGUGGAAUAUAAAGGAACCUUGUCAGUUU